CCGGCGCGGUUGUUGUGUACGGACAAAAUACGGUGCGUUUAUUAGCGAACGAAUUGAACGCGGCACUCCAAAAUUUAUAGCAAAAAAAAACCAAGUGAAUUGAUGCUAAGUAUUAGAAUUAAAAAUUUGAAUAUUGUGUACUGAAAAGUGUAUCACUGAUUAAAUGAGAAUUUUGUGUGCGAAAAAUCCCCAAUCAUACUAAAGUUGCAAAAUUCUUGUAAGAGUAAAAACAAAAACCAAAAAUAUUCAUAAAAUUUGAGUCUAUUGAAAUUACCUACUCAUCUACAAAGUUCGAAACACAGAGCAGCAGCAGCUCUUUUUUUGUGCUCCAUGCAACACAGCGCGCAAAUCCCAGUGUUGUUUUUCACCAGCUGCCUCAUGAAUUUUGAAAAAUUUCCGCGUAGGAGCAACGACGAGUCCAGCGACGCUGUGUAGCUCGGAUUGUUUUUAGGAGCCGCAACACGUCUGGCAACAUUGAGUGAGCGAGUGUUGCACGGUAGUGAAAUACAUAUAAACGUAUAGCUAGGCGCCACCAUUAAACCCCCUCACCACUCACCGCUCAGUGCUUACCUUGGCGCUCAAUGCUUAAAGCAUCACGACUCUGUUGCCAGCGCUGAAAGCACGCAAAAUAAUCGUGCUCGAAGAGAAAAUACAUAACAAAUAUGUACAAAUAAAAAUUAAAAUACGAUUGUGUUUGGAAUAAAAGUGAAAUAUAUAAACGAAAAGAAAGUAACGAAGCGGAAUAAAAGUGUAUGUAAACGUUGCAUUUGCCGCUCGCGUUUUGUCGUCUCGUGCAACCCUGCCGAAAGCCGGUCCUCCGCCAAAAUGCAAGUUCAAGUUCAGCGUUCUUGAGCUACUUAAGCUAGCUAUACGUACACACAUAGCUUGCUUGCUUGCUUGCUUGCCUGCUUACUUGCAACGUGCCACAUCUUACGCUUCGUUCGUCGGUCGGUCGGUCGCGCGGUCGUUCGGUCGAACGAUUGGCCGUUGUUGCUGGUUUUUUGUUGUGGUCGCGACAGCAUGAAAUCGAAAUCGAAAUUGAAAUUGAAAAUGGCAAACACAAAACAAGGGAACAGAAGCGGCAAUAGCACCAGCAUCUGCGCUAGUUGCAGCCAUAAAAAUGCACACAAUGCCAUUGUUGUUGCCGGUCAAAAGUGCCGUCGUGUUGUAAACAUGUCACGCACGUCAUCGCUGCCACACAGUGUUGCGCGGCAACAGCUCCGGAAUUGUUGUGCCGGCUUCAAAGCCCUCCGAGGAUUACUACGUCGCAUCGCAGUUUUGUUGGUUUUGUUGCUGUCAGUUGGCGUUUGUGUUGAAGCUCAAUAUCAAUCACCGCGUAUAAUCGAGCAUCCAACAGAUUUGGUUGUGAAAAAGAAUGAACCUGCCACACUGAAUUGCAAAGUCGAAGGUAAACCGGAGCCGACAAUUGAAUGGUUUAAGGAUGGCGAACCUGUAAACACAAACGAAAAGAAAUCACAUCGCGUUUUAUUCAAGGAUGGCGCGCUCUUCUUCUAUCGCACUAUGAUGAGCAAAAAGGAACAAGACAGCGGCGUCUAUUGGUGUGUGGCCAAGAAUCAUGUGGGCAAGGCUGUGAGUCGUAAGGCCACUUUACAAAUUGCUGUUCUUCGCGAUGACUUCCGCUCUCAACCCAAGGACACGCGUGUGGCCAAAGGCGAAACAGCUUUGCUUGAGUGUGGACCACCAAAAGGUACACCCGAACCGGCGCUAAUAUGGGUUAAGGACGGUGUGCCGUUGGAUGAUUUGAAGAUGAAAUCUUAUGGACCCACAUCACGUAUACGCGUCGUCGAUGGUGGCAAUUUAUUGAUAAGCAAUGUGGAGCCCAUCGAUGAGGGCAACUACAAAUGUAUUGCACAGAAUUUGGUUGGCACACGCGAGUCCAGUUAUGCUAAAUUAAUUGUACAAGUCAAGCCGUACUUCAUGAAGGAGCCACAGGAUCUAACCGCACUCUCCGGUCAGACGGUGCAAUUUCAUUGCCUUGUCGGCGGCGAUCCACCACCGAAAAUUCUGUGGAAAAAGGAGGAAGGCAAUAUACCCGUAGCCCGUGCGCGUAUACAACACGAUGACAAAAGUUUAGAAAUCACCAACAUCUCGCCCGCCGAUGAGGGCACCUACGUUUGUGAGGCGCACAAUAGCGUUGGACAGAUAAGCGCUCGCGCUUCGCUAACAGUUCAUGCGCCACCCACGUUUGUGGUAAAGCCACAGGACAAAAAGGUCGGACUCAAUGGCGUUGCUCAGUUUCCGUGCGUUGCCGAUGGCAAUCCACCGCCUUCGGUAUUUUGGACAAAAGAAGGCUCCUCUACAUUGAUGUUUCCCAACAAUUCCUACGGUCACAUGCAUGUCUCUGUGGAAGGCACACUACAGUUGAGUGGCGUACAAAAGGAUGAUGCUGGUUACUAUGUAUGCUCUGCCUUUAGCGUGGUGGAUUCAACGACAAUACGAGCAUUCUUGCAGGUUACCUCUGUGGAUGACACUCCACCGCCGAUCAUACAAAUUGGACCCUCAAAUCAAACCUUACCCAAAGGCAGUGUUGCCAUGCUACCAUGUCGCGCUUCAGGCAAUCCGACACCACGUGUCAAGUGGUAUAAGGAUGGGACAAUGCUGCAGAGUGGCAAUCGUUAUACCAUUGUGCAGGGUGGCUCAUUGCGCAUCGAUGAUUUGCAACAAAGCGACUCGGGUCUGUUUACUUGCACAGCAUCCUCGGAGAGUGGAGAGACAUCUUGGUCAGCCACAUUGACGGUGGAAAAGGGCAGCUCAUCACUGCUGCAUCGUUCGGUGGAUCCAAGUGCUUAUCCGGCACCGCCCGGCACACCGAAGGUGGUGAACGUCACACAGCACAGCAUUGGUUUGCGUUGGUCGCGCAGCCAAGAGAAGCCGGGAGCGACCAGUCCAAUUAUCGGCUACACUGUGGAGUAUUUCAGUUCGGAUCUGCAAACAGGUUGGGUGAUUGCUGCGCAUCGUGUGCCCGAUCAGCAAAUAACGAUCUCCGGCUUAAAACCAGCCACUUCAUAUGUUUUUCUCGUAAGAGCUGAGAACUCUCAUGGGCUCUCUGUGCCAUCUGGACUUUCGAAUGUAAUCAAGACGCUCGGCACAGAAUCGGGCACAGUGCCACCUAGUGAGAUAUCUGCAGCGCGAUCGGUGCUCAGUGGAAAGGUUGUCGAAUUAAUUGAUGCCGCAGCAAUUAAUUCCACUGCUGUACGCUUGGAUUGGGUAAUGCAUGUGAGUGUGACGGAGAAGUAUGUUGAGGGUCUUUAUGUGCGUUACCGUGACAUAAGCGCCAACUCGCAACAAUAUAAUAUUUUAACUGUGCUGAAUCCAUCGAUUGAAUCACAUGUGGUUGGCAAUCUGAAGGAGUAUACGAAAUACGAGUUCUUCCUUGCGCCAUUCUAUCAAACAUUGGAGGGCCAGCCAAGCAAUUCGAAGAUUGUACAGACUUACGAAGAUGUGCCCUCAGCGCCACCGGACAACAUCCAGAUUGGCAUGUAUAACCUGACAGCGGGUUGGGUGCGUUGGUCACCGCCGCCGCCGCAGCAUCAUAACGGCAACUUGUUGGGCUAUAAAAUAGAGGUCACCGCUGGUAAUACGUUCAAGGUGUUAGCCAAUAUGACGCUGAACGCUACAACUACUUCAGUGUUGCUCAACAACCUCACCACAGGCGCAACCUACAAUGUGCGUUUGAAUUCAUACACCAAAGCGGGCGAAGGGCCCUACGCGGAGCCAGUCUCCUUGUUCAUGGAUCCCACACACUUAGUGCAUCCACCACGCGCUCAUCCCAGCGGCUCACAUAGUGGCAUCGCCGGUAGUCAUGGCCAUCCUGGUAGCCCGGGUGCCGAUGGCAGUCACUAUGCUUAUCAUCCAGCUGGCAUGCCGGACGAUGCGGCCACCACAACAACACAUCAUAAAUCAUCGAAUGUAGUGCAUCAGACUUGGUUUAUGGUAUUGGUAAUAGUCUUUCUGCUAGCCAUAUUCUUCGUCACCGUCGGUGUGAUGGUAUUCUUUAAGCGGCGUCACAAGCUUACCAAGGAGCUUGGUCAUUUGAGUGUAGUCAGUGCCAACGAAAUCACUGCGCUUAAUAUUAAUGGCAAGGAUAGCCUGUGGAUUGACCGUGGCUGGCGUACCACCGACACCGACAAAGAUUCCGGCUUGAGUGAGACGAAACUGCUGUCGAAUGCGAACAGUCAAUCCAACUACACUUCAGAUGGCGGCACCGACUAUGCGGAAGUGGAUACGCGCAACAUGAGCACCUUCUACAACUGUCGAAAGAGCCCCGAGAAUCCAACGCCAUACGCCACAACAAUGAUUGUUGGCGCUUCUUCGACGGAGACCACCUGCAUGAAAACAUCCUCAUCAAGCACCGAUCAGGAUUCGGGCACCCACUCGCCGAACUCAGAUGGCAAUACGCCACAAUGUGUUGCUGGCGGUGUAGGCGUUGGCGUUACUGCGGCUGGUAUGCCACCAGUAAACAGUGGCAAGCACAACUAUCAUCCUUAUCCAGCAGAGCAAUUUAAUUGGUCAGAAUUCUUGCCACCACCACCGGAGCAUCCACCACCGCUACCCAGCGGUUGCAGCGGCGGCGGCGGAGGCAACGGCGCAGUAGGCGUCAUAUAUGCGCCUGGCUCACCACAGUCUUCGCGUAAAAGCUCCAAGAGCGGUGGUUCAGGUGUGUCCACACAUCAAAGCGCUUUGAAUUCAUCCAUACACAGCAGCUCCUCGGGCGGUUUCUCGACGUGGGGUGUGGCACCACAGUGCGUUGCCUCGCGGCCAACAGAGAAUUACUACAACAACCCUUUGCCCUGCGUGGGCGGCGCACAGAAUCGCUACCAAAUUACACCGACCGGCCAACAUCCUCCACCACUACCGCCAUACUUUCCCCCCGGCGCCGCAGGCACCGCACAAUUACCGCCACGCAACAUACAUAUCCACUACCCGGCGCCCAGACACGCAAUGAGCGAGUAUCAGCCGUCGGGCACGCACAAUUCCCGCUGUUCCAAUGGCCGAGCCUGCAAUAGCUGUGAUGCGCUCGCUUCGCCACUCCAGCCACUGCCACCACCCGGUGACGGUUGGUACCAACCCCUGCAGGCGCAUCUGCCACCCAAUGCCGGUGGCGCCAACCCAAUCUAUCAAUGUUCCUCCGAGUGUUCUGACCAUUCGCGGCACUCACAUUCGCACACGCAUACGCACAACCAUCCGCACGCACACCAACAGCACCAUCAACAUAUGCACGCGCAUCAGCAUCACACGCAUGCAGCAGCAGCGGCGGCAGCGGCCGCGCACGCGGGCAACGGCAAUGACACCAUGCGCUCAGAAAGCAGCCAAGACGGCGGCAAAGGCAACUACCGCUGUCAAAAGCAAACCGGUGCCGGUGGCGGGGGUAGCGGCAAUAGUAAUGGUGGUUAUGCGGAUAUCAACGAGUGCGCAGAGCGUGAACACAUGCUGAAAGGCAACGGCGGCGGUGGCGGCGGCGGCGGCGGCGGCGGCAAUGGCAACACAAGCACGCUAGGCGGCAGCUCGUCCUGCGGCUAUGAGGUGCUUGGCGAUCAUCGCAAUUGCAGCGACUGCUGCAACAGCUCACGCGAAGGCGACACCUGUUCGUGCAGCGAAGGCUCCUGUCUGUAUGCGGAGGCGGGCGAACCCGGCAUGCUGCCAAGCAGUGCGCAUCUAGGCGUUGGCGGUGGUAGUGGCGUCGUAGCUGCAGGCAAGCUGGUGACGCAGCAAGGCAAUUGAUAUGCGGCCGGCGUAAGUGAUGUGGUCAUGUACUUUUAGUGGUUGCCGACGGUGCAGCUGCCAAUGUACGAUACAAUGUAUGCCACAGGCGAAGGUGGCCGCGUCGGCGACAAUUGUGGUAGCGGCAGCAGCAGCAUCGGUGCGGCGCUAAUUUGUGAGUAGUCUAUGUACAUAAGCUAAACUAGUUAAGCUCUAUGCUUAUUUGAUUAAAGUAACUAGUGAAGUAUGUUGGUAUGUUUAUUUAAGCUAAGUACGCGUUUUUAUCAAGGCGCAAACACGAAUGUACAUACGCAUGCAAGGAUAUGGUUGUGUAGACAUAUGUACAUAUGUAUUUGUAAGGGCGGCGCAUGUCCGCAAACAUAGCGAGAAAAAUGUGGAAAACUAAAAUGAAAAAAAAAACACACAAAUCGAACAAAGACCUCGAAGCAGUACUGGCUACUGACCGACCGACAAAUUUGCAUUUUUCUGCUUUCUGGUGGCAUUAAUUUUCCUUAGCAUAUACACAGGCGCAUCACGCAAUGGCAACUUGAUUAAAGUUAUUUCGUCAUUUACUUGUGGCUGUUUAGUUUUAUUCGAAAGUUUCUAACAUAAAUGUGUAUGUACCACAAUUUCGAAUAUCUUUCUUUGUAUUCCUUAUGAGGGCAGACAUUUCGCGUAGACUGAACUAACCACCUUACAUCACUAAGCAUGGCGAUCCACUUAAACUUCGAUUUAUUAAGUCUUCCUGUGAUUUUAAGUAACUUCUUCGCGUCACUGGCGUAGCAGCACACGAGUGGAAAAGGACUCUCUUGCUUGCUUAACCAGAGCUUUUUUAGCAUACCACGCGUCAGUUUAAAAAAUGGCUACGCUUCAGCAGCGACUCCUUGCCACAAUUCAACUUAAGUGGAUAACAAUUUUCGUUUUUCAUUGAAAUGCAAAUAGGUGUUACACACUCACUCAAACAAAAGCAUACAAUGUGUACAAAGAUACAAAUAUAUCUGUAAGUAAUUGCAUUUAACCAUUUCGACUUAGUCGAUACUACUCAGACUAACGUAUAAAUGGUACCAGUGUACCGUUGUUCAUUCUUCAAGUCACCCUAAACCAGUAUUCCUUAAAAAAAAAAGCUCACAUACACACAUACAUAUGUAAUGUUACGUGCAUUCACAGAGGCUCUGCAAGGACUUCAGCAUGUCUUAGGUCCUUUCAAGUAGAUAUGCAAAGCGAAAUUUCGUCAUUGGUUUAACACGCGAUUUGCAACAUGUAUACUAUAAAUGACGUUCCCUACUUCUGAAUUGCCUAUUUUGUUGAAGAAUCGCGUUUCUACAUUCAUUAGUUAUUCCGCUUUGAAUGGCAACAAGCGGUUUUGCUGCAAGCUAUCACAAUGCUGGCAUAAAUCUAUGGCAAUGGUCGCAUAAAAGCGAAGUUUAUGUGGCAAUAAAUUACUUAAUCGGUUGAUAAAUGGUGGUUUGCCUACGAUUGAAGGGCGAUGGAGGAACUAAUGAUAGCUUAAAUGCAGAUUUAAUAGUAGGCGAAACUUUUCUGAGUACUUAUUUUGGCAGCUGAAAACCACUACUUCUUGAAUUUUAAGGUUUAAAUGUUAUAAUUUAAGUAUUUAUGAGUGUGACUGGGAAAAAUACUCCGUAUUUUAUUUUAAAAAUUCAAAUAACAUGUUAUUGUAGAAUUUGUUCAUAUUUACAUAUA